AUGCCCCCUGAUGCGGCGGCUUUACCAUCUCCACCAGACAUACCACCGUGGAAGGACGGCCUGCGUCCUUACUCGGUGGGGGCAAACAUGCAUUCCAACGGCCAGGUCAGCAGAUCAGGCUCAGAACAGAAUGGCACCCUGCCAGUAUCACCACCCAGAUUCCCCAAUAUCAAGGAUCUGCAGGAUCAGGCCGCUUUGUUGAAGGUGGAUGAGAGCACGCCGAUCGACGUCCUACUACGAGCCGCUGCCGAGGCUUUCGAACAAGCAAAGAUCCUUGCGGACGGUGACGAUUCUGAUAAGGCCUAUGUACAGUACUUGCGCGCCUCGGAGAUCACCGUCAACCUCAUCCCUCAUCACGCUGAUUAUCGGAAUAUCCAAACCCAAAGCCCUGAAUUGUACAAGGAGUUUGCGGCUCUGAUGAUGGCGGUACGAACCAAGCAAGCAACGAUGGAUGCGAUCAAGAGGGAAAUCAUUGAAGACAACUUGAACAGCAAUGCACAGCCGACGGGGUUCCUCGCCUCUACCUCUCUGUCAGCCUCGAGCCCUCAGAGGGGCCGUGAGUAUAGCGCGCCCCCGAGCAACUCCCUGAGAAUGCCGAGUCCAACUCAGUUCCAGCGGAUACCUGACCCUCAGGCACAGCCAAAGCGGUUCUCGAAUCCUGCAGAGGACAUGCUCGCACAGCGUUUUGCGCGACUAAAAUCCUCGCAGGCUCGUGAUGAGUCCAUAUCGAGCGCGGCAACAUCCACCGGACAAUCCAUUCCGGGAUCUGCUGGCCAGUUCUCUGCCUACACUGAUGAUACCCCAGCGACAAGCUAUGGUACCCCUUAUGGAUCGCCGUCAAAGCGCCCUCUGGGGCCUCGCAGUAUGGGAGCCUCUAGCCAUGUCCCUUCUGUUCCCCCGAAGCUCCCGCUUAAAACUUUUAUGCCUCGUGCCCCCGACCCGGCCUAUAGUCCGAUCUACACAGUACCCUCGCAACUGCCGCCCAAUCCUCCACGAACCUCGACCGAGAGUACACGAUCGUUUAACCAGCGAUAUUCACAAUUCACCGACUCCCCUCGUGGCAGUCCUAGUCGCGGCGUCGAGGAUAAUCCAUACAGAUCGCGAACCCCGAAUGGAGUCAAUUCUGCCGGCGAAACACGGAGCAACUCUCCCGAAUUGCCCUACAGCACUUACAUUACAGUUCAGAGUUUGAUGGAUUUCUUGCGAAAGUUCAAUGUCUUAUUGAUAGACGUUCGGGCCCGGAGUCAGUAUGACGAUGGUCAUAUCUACGCCAAGUCGAUCAUUUGCAUUGAACCGGUUAUCCUGAAGGAGAAUAUGUCUGCCGAGGAGCUCGAGGAACGUCUCGUGGUGUCUCCUGAGCAUGAGCAGACUUUGUUCGAGCGGCGCAACGAAUUCGAUGUUGUGGUCUAUUAUGAUCAACAAACGGCCUCGGUGAGCUAUCUCGCGGGUUCUCCUGUGGGAACAUCGGCACCGCACUUGCGCGCUCUUCACGAUACCCUAUAUGAAUUCAACGAGUAUAAGCCAUUGAAAGCUGGACGGCCGCCAGCUCUGCUCAUUGGUGGAUUGGAUGCAUGGAUCGAUCUUCUUGGGCAGCAAUCACUUGCUACCUCUUCGACUGCAGCAAUCAUGGGAUCACUGCAGACUAAGAGGCCUGCUCCUAGGCCUGGUCGGCCGCUUGGCCGGGUUCCCACCAUGGCGAGUGCCAAUUCCAGCCUGGAAGUCCGCAAGAGGAGAUUGCGCGAGUUCACGCCGCUGAAUUCGGAGGAGCUCUCUGCGUGGUUGGAGAGGUCAAAGAAUGAAGAAAUUGACACGAGCCACUAUCUCGAAGAGGAAUCUUUGACGGAAGAGCCACAGGAGGAGGACCAACCGGAGCCUCCGACUCCAUUUGUGCAUUCUUACGAAGCCUUUUUGCGCCGCUUCCCGGAGCCGCAUCACGUCCAACAGUCUAUGAUGCAUGCGGAGGCUCGGCCACCUCCUGCCCCCAACUACGCUGCUUCUACCCCCGUGGCUCCCUCACGACCACCUCCUGCAGUUCCUCGCCCCAGCUAUAGCGGUGUUUCCGAUGGUCGACAUACCCAGCCCCACCUAGAGCGACAGAACUCAGCGAAUCGUGCUGCCUUGUACACCUCGAACUCGUACCUUAACCGCCUUAAGCUUCCUCGAACGGGACUGCAUAAUUUCGGAGUGACAUGUUACAUGAAUUCGACUAUCCAAUGUCUCAGUGCGACUGUCAUGAUGAGCAAGUUCUUCAUCGACGAUCGGUUCCGAUACUGGGUACAAAAGAAUUGGAAGGGCUCACAAGGCGUGAUGCCUGGGCUAUUUGCUAAUCUGAUUCGCUCCCUUUGGAAGGGCGACGUGGAAGUUAUCAUGCCGACCUCGUUCCGCAACUUCUGCGGUCGCUUGAAUCGGGAAUGGGCUAUCGAUCGACAACAGGAUGCGAAGGAAUUUUUCGAUUUUGUUGUGGACUGUCUACACGAAGAUCUUAACAUCAACUGGCAGCGCAAUCCCCUGCGGCCCUUGACUUUCUCCCAGGAAAUGCAGCGCGAGCGGAUGCCUGUCCAGAAGGUGUCCGAAAUCGAAUGGAACCGCUACUGCCACCGGGAAGAGUCUUUCAUCUCAUCGCUGUUUGCUGGACAGCACGCCAGCCGGCUGAAAUGCACCACAUGCCGCCAGACCUCCACCACCUACGAAGCGUUCUACAGCAUCAGUGUCGAGAUCCCACCCACGGGUACUGGCGACAUCUACCAAUGUCUCCAGAGCUACUGCCACGAGGAGAUGCUGAGCGGCGAGGAAGUCUGGAAAUGCCCGUACUGCAAGUGCAACCGCAUUGCCACGAAGCAGAUUAUCAUCACGCGGGCCCCGCAGAUCCUCGUCGUCCACUUCAAGCGCUUCUCCGCGUCCAAGACGCAAAGCGCGCGCAAGAUCCACACCCCGAUUGAAUUCCCGCUCCACGGGCUCCGCAUGGAUGACUUCGUCGUUCCCUACCCGACCUCCGGCCCGCCGCCCGAGUCCAGCGCCCCCACCAUCAUGGGUGCCACCACGCCCCCGUUCACGUACGAUGCCUUCGGCGUGCUGCGGCACAUCGGAUCUUCCAUGAGCAGCGGGCAUUAUAUCUCGCUGGUGCGCGACGCGGAGCGGCAGUGCUGGCGCAAGUUUGAUGACGAGCGAACGACGGAUUUCAACCCGCGGGACCUCCGGGGGCGCGAGCGGUUGCAGAAUGAGCAAGCGUACAUUGUUUUUUAUGAGCGAGUUCCAGCGAAAUGA